GACACUUGAAAAUCUGCACCCUGGAGGACAGUUCGCCACUCCACGCUGAGAUGAGAGGGUUUACGCUGAAUACUGUUUGCCACUGUGGCUUAUUUGCUGGUCUUGUCCUCUUUUCUUUCAUGUCUUUCACCACUGCAGUCAGUUUUGACCUGACUGAGCUUAGGAAUAAAGUUGCAAAAAUUAAAGUGAAUCCAAGAGGCAAUCUUUGGGCUACAGGACAUUUCAUGGGCAAGAAGAGCGUGAUGGACACCCCCCUGCUGCCUCCAGCUCAGGGGCAGGGCGUCGAUGCGCUGGAAGUCAGCCUUCCCGUGGAGCAGAGCGCCCUCGUGGAGCUUUUUCACGAGUUCCUGCGGGUAGCGUUGCAAGCGCAGGUGGACACACAAGAGAGCCGCACGAAAAAUCAGGAUGCGGAAAUGUUGAUGAAGAUUUUAGAAAGCUACAUCCAAAGCAGAAAGUGAUACAGAGGAUGUCUGUCGCGCAUGAACACGGAUUCCAUGUCAUCUGACCUGAUGGGUUAAAAUAAAUACGUUAGACGCAGUUUACAGUCUCCUGCUCAUCAUGAUUGUAAUUUACCGUAACUGUCUGAUCAUCAUCUGCCAUUUGCAAUACACGUAAAGAUGUUUUUCUUCAAUUUACUUUGAUGAUGAUGUUCACAUUGUCUUGUCGUUAAAAGUUAUUUAUAUUUAAUAAAAUAAUUAUUUGCACUG